CUCCCUGAGAAGUUGUGCCUGUCGCCUGGUCUUUGGGGCAGCCUCUCACACAUCAUCUCUUUUGCCGCAGCAACUGGGAAACUAACUCACCUGCAACCUCUCCAACCAAAUAACCACAACGUUUUGCUAACUGAAAUGGACACACAGACAAGACCCGGACACCACUCACGUUGCCACACCUGCAGACGAACAGAUAUGAGCCGAAUGAAGAUCAAGAAGAUGUCCUCGUCCAGUCGCGCGCUGCUCUUCGCGCUGACCCUCGCGCUCAACGUUGUGGAAGUAGCCUCGGCAGAGACGCUGUGUGGGGGAGAGCUGGUGGAUGCGCUGCAGUUUGUCUGCGAAGACAGAGGCUUCUACUUCAGUAGGCCAACCAGCAGGGGUAACCCCCGGCGCAACCAGAACCGUGGGAUCGUAGAGGAGUGUUGUUUCCGUAGCUGUGACCUCAACCUGCUAGAGCAGUACUGUGCCAAACCCGCCAAGUCCGAAAGGGACGUGUCGGCCACCUCUCUGCAGGUCAUACCCAUGAUGCCCGCACUAAAACCGGAAGUCCCAAGGAGGCAGCAUGUGACCGUGAAGUAUUCCAAAUACGAGGUGUGGCAAAGGAAGGCGGCCCAGCGGCUCCGGAGGGGUGUCCCCGCCAUCCUGAGGGCCAGAAAGUUUCGGAGGCAGGAAGAGAAGAUCAAAGCCCAGGAGCAGGCGGUCUUCCACAGGCCCCUCAUCAGCCUGCCCAGCAAACUGCCUCCCGUCUCGCUCGCCACGGACGACUCUGUCAACCACAAAUGAGCCCGCUGCCAGCCCCCCUUUUUGCACAGACGACAGUUUGGAGGGAGUAAAAAAAAAAAAAAAAAGACUAGGGGAUUAUAGCUUUGUCUCUGGCGUCAUUUCUGUGGCAGUCCUCUUUGACCUCCCCUGCCCUGUCCGAGCCCACCAAUCCCCCCCCCCCCCCCACCACCACCCCCACCCCUCUACGCCCAUCCACUACUUCUUGACCCCAUGGCCCUUCUCUAAUGCCCCCCCCCCCACCCCCCCCCCCCCGGUCAACCCCACCUACCCAUCCUCCUCAGGCACACAAACAUGCCUUCACAUUCUUCCUGUCUGAACUCUUUUCGCUCUCCCUCCCUUUCAGUCACUGACACAAAAGGCACAAAAAACAAACGGUGAACAAAAAGUUAACAAUUCGGCUGAAUGCAAUUCAGGUGGAUCCUCACGCAAAAGAGAGAAAAAGGGAAGGGAGGAAAAAGAAGAUGAAAGAUCUGUGCUUUGCAAGUGUCAAGAGGACACCAAGAGGAAUGUUUUUGGUCCUGGUGGAAGACAACUGAGAGUGAAGAGCAGCUUGCAUGAAAGAAUCCAUGCCACAUCAUUUUUCCUGAGGCAAAGAGAAGAUCUCUGUUAGUUAUUUUUCCUAUUAGUUUGCACCUCUACCUAUAAAGGGACUUCCACACUGUAAGGAAUUAUUUUGUAAAAUUAGAUUCCUGUUCCAGCACCUUUUGAUCACAAACAAAAAGCAGAAAAGAGUCUGCAAAAUUGCACAUUGCCACGGAUUACGUCAAAGUAAAGGAAAAAUGGCACUAUUUUUUUAUGAACAAUGAACGUGUAGCUUAAAAAAAUGUCAUGGUGCUAGCUUUGGGAAUGGACUCAAAGAAGAGGUUGAAAAGCACGUUUUUUUUUUUCUUUGAAUUAAUAUUAAAACUUUCCGUUUUAAGGAAAGUGUGACUUUUUGAAAAAAGGAAGAUAAAGGAUAUGGUGGCGCUCCUGGCAGUGGCAAUGUCAAGGGGGAAGACGUGGGCUGUGUCGGCAUCGAGGCUCACGGCGAGCGAGCGUGCUAGCGGCUGCUCGUCAACACGCGACAUUUGGGGACCGGAGACCCAGUCCCUGUUCUCUCUGUCCCUGCCAGUCACAGGGAGCGGUGUGGGGACACGCGUGGGACACGGUGGACUGCCUGGAUUGAGACAGUACUACAGUUUCUGGGACAGUGCUUCCUGGUUGCCAUGGCUUUUCAGACUGCUCUGACAAGAAGUAACGUGGCGUGGACAAAGAUUCAGUGGGAUAAUGAUUAUAUUUUAUUUUGUCUUAUUUUCUGUUUUCUUUUCAUAUCAAUGUUUUAAUGAGAAAAAAAAAAGGAAAACCCUUUAGGUUUCUGGUACCGUGACAUUCCUGUUUUUCCAAGUUAGGCUUUUACUUGGGUUUCCAUGGUUGUUGUUAUGAUGUUAUUUUACAGUUCUAUUGAAAGGCACAACAUUUUAAUUCAAAGGGAAAAAAACAGCAAUAAUUUCAACUAACAUUUUAUUUUAUUGUAUAUCAGUAGUAUUCUGCUUUUGCCUGAAAACAAAUACUUGAAUAUAUAUACACAUUUAUAUAUAUAUAUAUAUAUACUGUAUAUACAUAUAGAUAUUUAUAUGUAUAUGUACAUAUGUAUAUAUAUAUCUAUGUAUAGAUAUCUAUGUAUAGAUAUAUAUCUAUAUAUCUAUAGAUAAAUAUCUAUAGAUAAUUAGUUUCCAGGGAGGUUGUGUUAUUUUCCUUUAGUCUGAGCUGUAUCUUGCGUAAUGAGCCGCCAAGCUUUUUUGUUUGUUUGUUGAAAUACAAAUAAGGGCACUGUAUAAAGGCAUUAUUUAUUUUGUUAUAAAAUAUAUUUGAGAAAUUGGUCCAAAUGAUAUACGUAGCACUGAUGCUCAAAUGACGGAUUUAUUUUGUAUGAUCUCUGUUUUCCGAUUGGAGUUGUAAGGCUUUUUCGUAGAUGCUUUGUACCAAAAAUAAUGUCCUUUUUUUUGUUUGCCAUAGUUACUUUAAAUUAAUAUUUUAACAGCAGCAUAGCCUGGAUUGCUUAGGCAUGUUAUGUCACAGAAAUAGGCACAUACUCUGAAUACGUUGGUCUGCAUGGAUUUCCAGAAACCUGUCCGGGGUUUCUGCAAAAAGGAUAGCAUUAAUGAGUAAUUAUUGGAAAAAUAACUGUUCAACAUUGAUUGUACUCAAACCCACUAUGUUUUGAAGCCACUUUAGUAUUGAUGGCAGGGGAGUGACGAGUCCUUCAUUAAAUCAUAUGUUUGUAAUUGUG